AUGGCGUCCUCCGAUAUCUUGUCGCAGACGCUUCACACCAUCACAAGCGUGAAGCUCAGCCAACUGGACAAGCAGAAGGCCUCGUACGAGUCGGGGAAGCGAGCCCUCCUGGACGAUGCAGCGUACGAGACGGACCACCGGAAGCGGGCAAAGCUCUUGGUCGACAGGUCCGAGAAGCUCCCUGCCAUGAACUCCCUGGGCGACAGCUCGCUGGUUUCGGUCGACAACCUUAAGCGAUUCGUGCAGCAGGCCGACUACGACCCGUGCAUCUCGGAAAGCUUGCUCAACGACUACGAGAAUGCGAUGCGGAACGAGCUCGAUGUCCAGUCCGCCAAGUACCGCUACGCCGAGCUGUACGGCAAGCUUGUGAACGAAUGGAUUUCCGCCGGAAAGGUCGCCGACCAGGAUUCCGAGGCGGGCUUCGUGCCCGUGGGCAGGGAGGAGAUGCACCGGCAGCGAGCGACCUGGGAGCAGUACGUGUUCCAGGCCAAGGAGAUGGACAGCCGGGCCAUCAAGAGCUACCUGGAGCGGCUCUUCGUCACGUCGUCCAAGGACAUUGACCGCGCGUUUGGGGAGCUGAAGGAGCGCAUCGAGAAAUUGCAGAAGAGCUGGGACGACCAGACGCACUUUGACGAGGAUUCUCUAAAGAACACGAUCCGGGGCCUAUUACGGACCGACAUCCUCACGGACCAGAAGAGGACGACUCUCAACGACUUUCUCCGCAACGACGUGGUCCUGAGCGAAAUCGCCGACGUGCUCAACAUGCGCAUGCAGACCCGCCAGACCUGGGCGUGGGAUGGCCCGACCGUGGUCGAGCAGCGACGACAACUGAACGGCCGCUACCGCUUCUACCCCGACGAGGACCUCUUGCAAGCCAUCUUCGUCCAUCACAUUGGCAAGCAGUGGGCCGUCCGGAUGCGCGAGGUUCUCGUCUCGUUUGUCAAAGCCCCUGGGGUCGACAGGGAUGCUGCGAGGCGCAUGACCAAGGAGGAGGUUCGCCGGCGACAGUUUUUCACAGGGACGACGGCGUCGGUUGAAAGUUCCGCGUCGGUGGCGAAGCGGCUUUCCCAACACUACGAGAAGGAAGUCUUUUUGGACCAGCUGCCCGCGUGCGUGGCGGAGAAGAGAGGGGGUUACGGUUCGGAUGGCCAGCAGGAGGCGGACGACACCCGGAAAUCGCACGUGGCCGUGGUGCAGAACCUCCUGCACCUCAUCCAGUCCGAGAUCAUCAUGGAAACGAGGCUGGGGAACGACGUCACCGUCAUCCGCUCCGACCUGAAGUGGUUCGGCCCCAGCGUGCCGCACUCGUCCAUCUUCGCCGUCCUCGAGUUCUUCGGCGUCAACGCCGAAUGGAUUGGCCUGUUCCGACGGAUCCUCGAGUGCCCCCUUCGCUUCGCCCAGGACCCGCCGGACGCGCCCGCCCACACCCGCAAGAGAGGCACGGCCCUGAGCACGCCCCUGGCGGACUUGGUCGCCGAGACCAUGCUCUUCUGCAUGGACUUCGCCGUCAACCAGCAGGCCAACGGCGGCCGCCUCUACCGGCUGCACGACGACAUGUGGCUCUGGGGCGGCCUCGAGACCUGCGUCCGCGCGUGGGAGACGAUGACCGAGUUCGUGGAGCUCACGGGCCUCGAGUUCAACGAGGACAAGACGGGCAGCGUCAGGAUCGCCGCCCAGGGGGGCAAGCCGGGCCAGCAGCCGCCCAAGGGCCUGCCCGAGGGGGACGUCGUGUGGGGGUUCCUCAAGCUCGAUCCCGCGUCCGGGCGUUUCCUCCUCGACCAAAACAAGGUGGACGUGCACAUUGACGAGCUCCGCCUGCAGCUGGACGCGUGCAGCAGCGUCUUCGACUGGAUCCAGGCGUGGAACAUCUACGGAGCCCGCUUCUUCCGGACCAACUGCGCCCAGCUCGCCAAUUGCUACUCCCGCGCGCACGUGGACAGCAUGCUAGCGACGUUCCACCGCAUCCAGCAGCGGCUUUUUGGCGACGGCGGGGCCGGCGCGCACCUGAAGCGGCUGAUUGGCGACAGAUUUGGCAUCUCGGACAUCCCAGACGGCUACCUGUACUUCCCCGUGUCGCUCGGCGGGCUGGGCCUCGAGAACCCCUUUGUCCACCUGUACCUGAUCCGCGACGGCGUCGUCGAGGACCCCAACAAGAUCGUCGACGAGUUCCUCGCCAAGGAGGAGGCCGAGUACCGGUCCCUGAAGGCGGCCUUUGAGGACCCCGACGCCGGCGCCGACUCCGACUCCGCCGGCGCUGCGCUGCGUCACCAUCCGAUGUGGCGCACGGAUGUCUACCAGGACCUGCGGGACGAGCCGUUCAUGAGCUUCGAGGAGUUCACCCGGCACCGGAGACGCACGUCCACGGCGCUCGGCCGGGCGCUCGACAAGCUGCGGCGGAUGCCGACCGCCAAGACGGUCCAGCUGACGGGCGAGCUGGAGGCGGCCCUCAAGACGACGCCGGCAGGCUGGUACGGCCUCAGCGACUACGAGCGGUGGGUCUGCGCGCUCUACGGCAACGACAUGAUUGCAAGGUUCGGGAGCCUGACGGUCGUCGACAAGGGAGUCCUGCCGACGGGCCUGCUUGACAUGCUGAGGCAGAGCCGGUUCAAGUGGCGCGGCUGA